GGACCGCAGAAGUGGGGCGGCCGCCCCCGCCCUUUCCGGCUCCGGCGGCGGCAUGGGCAAGAAACGGGACGCGGGGCUGGGCCGCUGCCUGCAGCGGCAGCGUGGUCUGGAGCGCCGCGGCGCCUCCUCAUGGCUGCACGCCAGCGAGAUGGGCGGCGAGCGCGUCCCGGAGCUGCGGUCGGCGGCCGAGCAGAGCCCGCUGGAGGAGUUCCUGGCCACGGCCGAGCUGGCCGGCACCCGCUUCGUGGCCGAGCGUCUGAACAUCCAGAUCGUGUCUGCCCAGAGCCGUGCUGGCCUGCUCACAGCCCAGGAGGCCCAGCGUGUCCGGCAGCUGCAUGAGGAGAACCGGCAGUUCCUGCGCAUCCCACGGAGGCCACGUUGGGAUAGGACAACCAGUGCGGAGGACUUGAAGCAAGCUGAGAGAGAGAGCUUUCUCGAAUGGCGGCGACAGCUUGCCCACCUUGAGGAAGAGAAAAAGUUAAUUCUAACCCCAUUUGAACGAAACUUGGAAUUUUGGCGUCAGCUUUGGAGAGUCAUUGAAAGAAGUGAUAUUGUAGUCCAGAUAGUAGAUGCUAGAAACCCCCUUCUGUUUAGAUGCCAAGAUCUGGAAAGUUAUGUUAAGGAAGUCAGCAAUGACAAGGAGAACAUGAUCCUGAUAAACAAAGCAGAUUUGCUGAGUGAGGAGCAGCGGGCUGCUUGGGCACAAUUCUUUGAGAAAGAAGGCGUUAAGGUGGUGUUCUGGUCAGCGCUGGCAGAGUGCAAACGGCUAUCUGGAGAAGCAAAGGAACUAGAUACUGAAGAUACAGCAGAGGACCCAAGUGGUUCUGAGGAUGAAAGCUCCACUCAAGAUGACGACAACACUGAACAAGGUAGUGCAGAAAGCACAUCCACAGGCAACACUUUGCAAACUGUAAACCAAGUUCUGGUUAGUGAUGAUGACAGCAGUGAUGAAUAUGAAGACUGUGAAGAUGAUGAAGAGGAAGCCUGGCAAACCUGUUCUGAAGAUGAAGGCGGGGACAAAGUAGAUGCUAUUGUUCCAGAGAGGAUGGGAAGCAGGACUGAUGGCGCUGCAGUGCAGCGUGUAGUGCAGGAGCAGAACAGGAACAUCAGGAACUUCAGCCAUCUGGUACAGAGAAGUGAGCUGCUGGAGAUAUUAAAAACCAUGCACAACGGACCAAGGGUGAAGGAUGGGGAAGUAAAUGUUGGGCUGGUGGGUUACCCUAAUGUUGGCAAAAGUUCGACCAUCAACACGAUCCUUGGAAAUAAGAAGGUGUCGGUGUCUGCUACACCAGGCCGUACAAAACACUUUCAGACCCUGUAUGUGGAGCCCGGCCUGUGCCUUUGUGAUUGUCCUGGUCUGGUGAUGCCAUCUUUCAUCUCUACCAAGGCAGAAAUGAUUUGUUCUGGAAUUCUGCCUAUAGACCAGAUGAGGGACCAUGUCCCACCCAUUUCUCUAGUUUGCCAGCAUAUCCCACGAAAUGUUUUGGAAGCAACCUAUGGAAUAAACAUCAUAAGACCAAGGGAAGAUGAGGAUCCAGAUCGAAAGCCAACAGCUGAAGAGCUGCUAACAGCAUACGGAUAUAUGAGAGGCUUUAUGACAGCUCAUGGACAGCCAGACCAGCCAAGAUCAGCUCGAUAUGUGUUAAAAGACUAUGUCAGCGGGAAGCUGUUAUAUUGCCAUCCACCUCUGGGCAUUGACCCAAAUGACUUUCAGCACCAGCAUCAAAGAUGCCCAGAGAGCAGAACUGUGCAGGCUAGUGCACAGGUGAAGCCUGAGAAGAAUACCAAAGCAAAACAAAUUGAAAAUGUAGUGGACAAAACAUUCUUCCACCAGGAAAACGUUCGCGCCCUGAUGAAAGGGGUCCGGGCUGCAAUGGGAUACCGGCCCGGCAGCGGUCUUGUGCCUGUGACUACCCCCCAUCCUGGGAAUGUGGUAGGAAAGCCCUGGAAAAAACAUGGAAACAGGAAUAAGAAGGAGAAAAUUCGCAGGAUCACUAAGCACCUGGAGGCUUAGCUGUGGCACUGGUAUCUGGCCUUUCCAGGGCAGGGACUGCACUGUCCUGCAGGCCUGAACUGAGGGGGG